AUGACGGCUCUCGCCGCCGUCGCAGAGAUGAUGAUCGCCGGGGCAGAGACCGGCGUGAUGACGGGAGGGACCAUCGACGGCCCAGCCGCUCGCGCAGCCCGGAUCGCCGGCAGCAUGAUCGCGGCGGGCGUUUUCGUGACCGAGACCAGAAUCGAGACGGACAACAGAGAUAGGCGGAACCGAAGCCGCGAGAGCGAGCCGAGCUUCAGGAGCCGCGAUGCCUCCCGCGACAGGGCCCGCUCGCGCCGUGAGGGAACAGCUGACUCGUCUACUCGCAGCAGCUUCCGGCGCACUCCCCAGGGCGACGGUGGGAGAGGGGGCCCCGACGAGCCUCAAAAGCCCAAGCAAAAUGCCCCCCAGUCGGAUGCCGACAAGAAGGCUGAGCGUCUCGCCAAGCUCGAGGCUUGGAAGAAGAAGAAGGAGAGCGAGAGCCAGAAGCAAAAGGCACAGAAUCCGGGCGACAUGAGCCAGGCCAUCAAGCUCCUGGCCGAAAUGGACAAGAAGACCAGCAUGGGGCCGCCAAGCUUGAUCACGACCGCCACGCCGUCCGUCACCUCGCCGGGUGCCGCCCCCAAGCCGGACAUCGCGUCUCUCGCGCAGCCAUACGCUGGCAAGUUUGACCCAAAAUCUAUUGCCAAGAAGUCUGCUGCGUCGCGAUCCCAUGACUCCUCCAAGUCUGUGCUAGGUUCGCUCGGUGGUCAGCCGGGUCAGCUUGCGCCGCCACCGCUGUCCCAUCCAGCAGCAGCGGCAGCGGAUAAUCAGGCUACCACAGCCAACCGCGGGAAAGCAAGUGGGUUCGGCUUUGGAAGGACUCAGGCGGACAGCGACAAGCUUCCCAACAAGCGAAAGAUUGAUCUUGACGAAGAGGAUAAUGUCCAGCGCAAGCUUCAGAGGCUUCCGGCCUUGAUCGUGGAGGAUGAUGAUACUCCCUACGCUGAUCAAGACGAGGAUUACGGCUCCGGUGACAACGUUGCCGAAAACGAGGAGGAAGCUGUCGCCGCCGCCCGCGCCGCGCACGAGAGACGGCUGCAGGCUGAGAAUCAGCCAGAGGACCAAGCCAAGGAGGGGGAGGGGGCCACUGACGCCGGUGCACAGCCCGAGCAGCACACCAAUGGAGACGCUGUCGGAAAUGACGAAGCUGCCGUUGCGGGCCCUCCCGGGCAGGCAGCCCGUCCUGAGCCAAUGGACCUCGAUGAAGAGGAAGACGUGGACCCUCUCGAUGCCUUCAUGGCCGAGCUCAAGCAGACCGAAGUGGCGAAAAUAAGCAAGCCAGCCCGUGACUCAAAGAAGUUGCAAGAGCCAGAAGCAUAUUUCAGCGACGAAGAGAACGUCUUUGAUAAAAAAUCAGACGGCAACGCGGACAACAUCCUUGCCAUGGCCAACAAACGCAAGAAAAAGGACAUCCCCAUCACCGACUUCACCAAAAUAGAUAUUGAGCCGGUUCGCAAGAACUUUUGGGUCGAGCCCGCGGAACUGAAUGGCUUGUCGGAAGCCGACGUGGCAGACCUGCGACUGGAGCUCGACGACAUCAAGGUCAAGGGCAAGAGUGUGCCAAAGCCGGUUCAGAAGUGGUCCCAGUGUGGCCUGUCGCGUCAGACCUUGGACAUCAUCGACGGUCUCGGCUACGAGAAGCCCACGGCCAUCCAGAUGCAGGCCAUUCCAGCCUUGAUGUCGGGGCGAGAUGUCAUUGGGGUGGCCAAGACGGGCUCCGGCAAAACGAUUGCCUUUCUGCUGCCCAUGUUCCGACACAUCAAGGAUCAGACCCCGCUCAAGGAGACGGACGGACCUAUCGGACUCAUCAUGACACCGACACGCGAGCUCGCCGUGCAGAUACAUAGGGAAUGCAAGCCCUUCUUGAAGGGCAUGGGCCUGCGCGCUGUCUGUGCAUAUGGAGGGGCUCCUAUUCGAGAUCAGAUUGCAGAGCUCAAGCGAGGCGCCGAGAUUAUCGUGUGCACUCCUGGCCGCAUGAUCGAUCUCCUGGCCGCGAACCAGGGAAGAGUCACGAACCUCAAGCGGGUCACCUACGUGGUUCUCGACGAAGCCGACCGAAUGUUCGACAUGGGCUUUGAGCCCCAGGUCAUGAAGUUUUUUGCCAACAUGCGACCCGACAGGCAAACCAUUCUGUUCUCAGCCACCAUGCCACGUAUCAUCGACUCUCUGAUCAAAAGGGUCCUCAAGAGCCCUGUCGAGAUUACCGUCGGCGGGCGCAGCGUUGUUGCCAAGGAGAUUGAGCAAAUCGUGGAAAUCCGAGAGGACAGCACCAAGUUCCUGCGCGUCCUGGAGCUCCUGGGCGAACUCUACGAUCGGGACGAGGACGCUCGGACACUGAUCUUUGUGGAGCGGCAAGAAAAGGCGGACGAUGUUCUGAAGGAACUCAUGGUCAAGGGGUAUCCGUGCAUGUCUAUUCAUGGUGGCAAGGAUCAAGUUGAUCGGGACUCGACCAUUUCCGACUUCAAAAAUGGCAUCGUUCCCAUUCUCAUCGCAACCUCGGUCGCUGCGCGCGGCCUCGACGUCAAACAGCUAAUGCUCGUCAUCAAUUACGACGCCCCCAAUCACAUGGAAGACUAUGUUCAUCGUGCCGGACGGACCGGUCGCGCCGGAAACACUGGCGUGGCUGUCACGUUUGUGACCCCUGAGCAGGACAGUUGCGCGCCGGGCAUUGCCAAGGCGCUGGAGCAGAGCGGCCAGCCAGUGCCGGAGAAGCUCGAUGAAAUGAGGAAGGCGCACCGUGAGAAGGUAAAGGCGGGCAAGGCCAAGGACUCGUCAGGCUUUGGCGGUAAAGGGCUCGAUCGCCUGGACAAGGAACGCGAGGCCGCCCGCCAGGUCCAGCGCAGGACACACAGAGCUGAGGGCGAGGAGGAUGAGGAAAAGGAAGAGAAGAAGGACGACGGAAAGGGCGAGAGUGCACUGAAUGCCAUCAGAGCAGCCGCGUCGGUCGUGCACGCGCGCGACAGCCACAAACCCGAGGCAGAGCACAACAAGCCCGUUCGCAGUGGCAGCGAUGCGCCGGCGACGGGAGACAAGAUUAAGAAUCCUCUGGACAAAGUCAGCUCGGCCGUCAGCGCCAUCAACAGCCGCCUGGGCAAGUCGGGCCAGCUUCGAUCCGGUCAGCCGAUCGACAACAAGGGCCCUGACGCCGGAGCUUUCCACGCGACGCUGGAGAUCAACGACUUCCCGCAAAAGGCAAGAUGGGCCGUCACGAACCGCACCAACGUGGCCAAGAUUCUUGACUCGACGGGCACUUCCAUCACCACCAAGGGGAGCUUCUACCCCCCCGGCAAGGAGGUUCCUGCGAAUGCCGAUCCGAAGCUCUACAUUCUCAUCGAGGGCGACACCGAGGUGGCUGUAAGCUCGGCUCUGCAGGAGAUGACCAGGCUGCUGAGGGAGGCGACGAUUGCAUCGGUGGAUGCAGACAACAGGGCUCCCGCGAGCGGACGAUACUCUGUCACCUAG